AUGCAGCGCGCCAUCAUGGUGUCCGUAGGGACCAUGAUGGACGCCAAGCUGGCGGGAAUAACGAGUCGACUCCCGCCAGAGCCGAUUAUGCGCCCGCCCCUUGCGGCGGAUCGAAGACGCGCUGAGGUGGAACGGGUGAGCAGUGGGCCAAAACCUGCCUACAAUCAGGUGGUGAAGGCAGCCCUGGCCCCGAAACCGGCGCCGAAAACGGCACCGAGGCCAGCGCCGACUCCGGUGCCGAGGCCGGCGCCGAGACUGGCGAAGAAGCCGACCCCAACGCCGGACCCAAAACCGGCGAAGGGGAAGGCUAAGACGGUCGCGCAACCGACGCCGGCUCCGGCUCCGUUACCGGCGCCGGAGGAGGCACCGGUUGCGAGCACUUCAGAGACUGUGGUCGACGGGUGGACCACGGUCUCGAAGAAAAAGAAAGGGCCGAAGCCGAAGGCGCCGGAGCGCCCCAAGGCACAGCCCGAGAGGGGGGCGAGAGCCCCUCCUCAAAAGAAGAAGGGGGGACCGAAGGCCGUCUCGGGAAGGCAGCGUCGCAAGCGGGCGCAGCGACAGAGACGCCUUGCCCGCACUGCCGCUGUGGUGUUAACCAUAACGCCAGAGGCGGAGAAGGAAGGCCUCACCUACGCCACGGUGCUAACCAAGGCGAGGGCUGGGGUCGACCUUAAUGCAAUGGGGGUCGACAUGGCGGUGGACCCCAUCCGCAUAAGGAAGGCGCAGACCGGGGCUCGGGUGCUUCAGCUCCCGAAGAAUGUCGGUCAGGAGGCGGCUGACGAGAUGGCCAAAAAACUAGAGGCCAUCUACGGCGGUGACGUCCGGGUCACCAGACCCAUCAGGUGUGCGGAGCUCCGGGUGUCAAACCUGGAUGACUCCGUCACCAGAGAGGAGAUCCUCGACGUCGCCGCGCGUCAAAGUCAGUGCGCGCCUGACCGUUUCAAGGUGGGAGACCUGAGGCCUAGCCCCGGUCAGAAAUUCAGCGCGGUGCUAAAAAUGCCCACUGGAGGCGGUACCGAGGCUGGUGACCACCAAGACCCAAAAGUUCUUGGUGGGAUGGAGCUCGGCGACGGUCGUGCAGAUGGAAGCACGACCGAUGAAGUGUUACCGCUGCCUAGCACUAGGCCACACAAGGCCGGUGUGCAUGUGCCCCGCGGACCGCAGCGGUUUAUGUUAUCGCUGCGCGAUGCCCGGGCACAAGGCAGCGGUGUGCAAAGAGCCAGCCAGGUGCGCCAUAUGCGCCGAGCUCGGCCGCGGUGCCGCCCACCAAAUGGGCAGCCGGGGAUGUGCUCCCCCGGCCCUUAUUAG